GUCAUGUGACACAAAACAGAGCUAAUAAAAACCUAAAAUUUGAGGACAGCAGUUAUUUGCUUUUAUCAAGGGACUUAACAGCUUCACCUGUGUGUAAGACUCAGGUGCAAAAUGGAUUGGGUGGUGUAUUUGACAGCUACAAAGAUGAGAAGAAAAACACUAAUAAUUGCAGUGUUAAGUUUAGUGUUUUAUAGUGCAAUAGCUGAUUCAGCAAACUCACCUACAACUGCAACAACUGAAUACAUGACUGUUCUGCCAUACUUAGCUGCACAAACAACAGACUUUUGCAUACAACUGAAACAACAGCACAUUCAAUACUGCUCAGCAACAACUGACACAAGCACAGCUGCUUCAACAUCUACAACUGAACAAAAAACUACAUCUGAACAAAGCACCAUACUAAAAACAGCAACAACAUCCCCACCUACAAGUACAUCUCAUUCUACAACUGGGGUUAGAGCUACAACUUUGUUUACAACUACAGCCCCUCUUUCAGAAACAACAACAACAACACAGCUUACAUCUACGGCAGAACCAACACCCACAACUGUCUUAACAUCUACAUCAGGGCAAUCAGCUACAUUGAAGACAACCACAACAUCCCUAACUACAACAAAUACAGCUCAAUCUACAAUUCUGGCUACAACAAACUCACAUACUACUAAACAAACAACCCCAACUGUUUUAACAUCUACAACAGAACCAACAAACACAAUGGGUUUAACAUCUACGGUAAAAAAAUCUACAUCUGAAGCAAAAACAUCCUUACCUACAAGAAGUACAUCUCAAUCCACAACUAAGGUUACAACAAUCUCACCUACAACUACAACUUUGUUUACAACUACAGCCCCUACCUCAGAAACAACUGCAACACAACUCACAUCUACGGCAGAAGCAACAACCACAACCUUUUUACCAUCUACAGCACAACAAUUAACUACAUCUGAACAUAGCACCACAACACAGACAGAAACAACACUCCUGCCUACAACAAGUACAAUUCAAUUGACAACUGAGGCAACAACAAACUCAACUACAACUGUGUUUACAACUACAGCCCCUGCCUCAGAAACAACAACAACACAACUUAUAUCUACAGCUGAACCAACAAAAACAACUGUUUUAACAACUACAACAGAACAAUCAACUACAUCUGAACAUAGCACCACAACACAGACAACAACAUCUGUACCUACAACAGGUACAGCUCAAUCGACAACAGACAUUACAACAAACUUACCUACAACUACAAAUUUCUUUAAAACUACAGCCCCUCCUUCAGAAACAACACAGCUUAUAUCUACGGCUAAAGCAACAACCACAACUGUUUUAACAUCUACAACAGAACAAUCAACUACAACUGAAGAAAGCACCACAACACAGACAGCAACAACAUCUGUACCUACAACAAGUACACCUCAGUUGACCACUGAGGUUACAACAAACUCACCUACAACUACAACUUUGUUUACCACCACAGCCCCUCCUUCAGAAACAACAACAACACAAAACAACAACAACAACAACAUCUAUAGCAUCUACAAGAGAACAAUCAACUACAACUGGAAACAUCUACAAGAGAACAAUCAACUACAACUGAGGAAAGCACCACAACACAAGCAACAACCACAACUGUUUUAA